AUGUCUAUCGAUGCCUUUUAUUUGGCCUCCAAUGAUAUGCUGGACUACGAGGUGGCCCUAAAUCUCACUAAAUAUCUCAAAUAUGACGAUAGUGUCGAGUCGUGGACAGCCGGCCGGUCAGCGAUGGCCACCAUUAGGACACACGUCGGUCGGGACGUGAAUAUAGCACUUAAUUAUUAUAUGAAUGACUUGAUUGGCCAACACUAUCGAAAUGUCGGUUGGGAUGACCGCACCAAUGGAUCAGAUGCUAGUGAUGUGGACCAGAAAUUAACAUUUCAAGCCCUGGUGUUGGACACGGCGUGUGAUUACGCGGUCUACGAUUGUUUGCAGACAGCGGCCAAAAUGUAUGCCGGCAGUGCUUCAGCACAUGAUAAGACACUGUAUUUACAAUCGUUGACCAGCAAUAGAAAUCUGGAAUUUAUUAAAAUUCUUUUAGACAAAGCGAGUGAUGAAUUGUUUGUGAAAAGUGAGGAUUAUUUUCACUUUUUGUUGAAUAUAACACUCAAUACAAGUGACGGCAACAUAGAUAUUAUCGCGGUGUUCUCUAAGGGUAGAAAAUGGGUGAUGGACUUUUUAGAGACAUACCCUGUUAUGACAGCGGAUAACCCAUAUCUUAACAAAACUAUCGACACAUUGGAAAGGAAUAUCGAUUGGAUUAAUAAAAAUGAGAUAUUGGUUAUCGAGUGGAUUACCAAUCAGUGCCCAAUAGAAGUGUGUGUUUGGCUCUACGCCAGACUCGACCCGAGGGUAAUACCAGUCCAUUACGAUCUUCGACUACAAGUGGACACCACUGGCGACACAUUCAACGGAUCCGUUGAGAUAAUAGUGAUUGACGACACCGGCAGUGGUGUCGAGUAUCUGGUGCUACACUCGGCUGGAAAUCUUACCAUCACUGGUGUCACUGUAUAUAUCACCGGCACUGGUGGUGGAGGUGGUGACCAUCCGGUGCCCGUUAAGCAGACUUUUUAUUACCAACCGUUGGAUUACUUUGUCAUUCAAUUGGCAGAGCGGUCGGCGCCGGACACUACCGGCUAUCGACUGGUGUUGCGCUUCGAGUCACCGCUACUCCCGGACCCAAACUCGGGUCUCUAUAAGACUACAUACGAGUUGAGCUCAGGGAGGCCUGAAUCGGCGGCCGUCACUCAAUUGUGGCCCGAAAAUGCCCGCAAAAUGUUUCCCUGCUUUGACGACCUGGCCUUUAAGGCAACGUUUAACAUAACACUAAUUUACCAAGCUCAUUACAAUGUUACACUCACUAAUAUGCCAGCUCUGGACAGUCGAGUGGACAGUCCGACCCCGGGCUGGACAACAACCCAGUAUCAGCGCUCAGUCCCAAUGGCCACAUACCUGGUCGCUAUUUUAAUAAGCAAGUUUAGUUGUCAUAAUACCGGUGCGAUUAGACUGUGCGCCCGCAGUGGGCUCGAAGAUAAACUAGGUUACGCCAUGAAUGUUACCAAGGCAACAUUGCCGGUGUUUGAGCAGUACAUGGGCAGUGAGUAUCAAUUGCCCAAAAUUGAUCUAGUUGCUGUUCCCGGCUUUUCUGGCGGUAUGGAAAACUGGGGUUUAAUUGUGUUCGGGAAACGGGAACUGUUGUGGACGGCCGCCGAAGACACCACCGCGAGUAUGAUGACUGUUAACAUGUUUAUAUCUCACGAGUUGGCACAUAUGUGGUUUGGGAAUUUAGUCACUUGUGGCCAGUGGUCUGACCUAUGGCUAAAUGAAGGGAUCGCUUCGUUCAUACAAAACGUGGCCACAAAUAGUACACAAAGUCAAUGGCAUUAUUGGGAACUGUACGCCAAUAAUACUAUCGCCACUGCCAUGAAAGAGGACUCACAGGAAGGGUCGGUACCAGUAAUACAACCGGCGCAACGGUUCGCGGACCUCAAAUUCUCAGUCCCUAUAUAUUACACAAAAGGAUCGGUUGUGAUCCGGAUGUUGGAGUCGGCGAUGGGUAGGGAGCGGUUCCGCGACGGCAUUCGGGGUUAUCUCAAACAAUAUUCAUAUCAAACAGUGGUCACCGACAAUUUGUGGCAAUCAUUGAAUAAGACUUUCCCGAAAAGUUAUGACACAAAUAUUGUUGAAUUAAUGGACACAUGGACUACAAAACCGGGCUUUCCAUACAUUAACAUUACGAGAGAUGCACACAAUCCACACAUCGUUACCGUAACUCAGGAAAGCACUUUGUGGACAAUACCGCUCACGUAUUAUUCGUCCGCAGACUAUGGAAACAAUUAUCAAACACAAACAAUUAACAUCUCGGUGAAUGGGUUAAUAAAAUUCAACGUCGACUUUAAUGGCAUGUAUAUCGUUAACUAUCCGCCCGACGAUUGGGACAAAUGGACGGCCGCUUUGGCCGCCAAUGAAGACACGAUUGUUCAUAAACUCACACCCAAUGAUCGAUCGGAUCUGAUUUUGUCGGCAUUUUAUUUGGCAAAAGCGGACAAACUAUCGGCGAUUAAACCGCUGGAAAUGACCAGAUAUUUACUCAAUGAAACCCAUUUCACGCCGUGGGCUGUGUUUAACACCGAGUUUGCUGACAUUAGACGUCGGACAUCGUUGACCGCAUACAGGAGUCACUUGAAUAAGUAUAUGAGGUCUUUGACCGCUAAACAGUAUCACCGACUGAUGGGUUGGGACGACGGGAUGGGCACUGCUAUCGACCGGUUGUUACGCCGACUGAUAAUUGAAAUGAGUUGCGAAAAUGGAUAUGAACUGUGUUUAAAAGACUCAUAUCAGGCGUUUAAGAAGUGGAUGUCAGGCCAACCCGUGACACCCAAUCUCGCCACGUAUAUGCUCUCCUAUGGGAUCAGAUACAGUGAUAAAUAUGAAGAUUAUGAUUAUUAUCGAUAUUUGAGCGCUUUAUCUCAGACUAAGAGCAUCACCUUAUUGAAUGAGCUUUUGGCUAAAGUAAUGUCUGACCCCUCGGUUCCGGUCAACCACUUUGUUUCGUUGGUGUCCGACAUGUCGUCGACCGCCGACUCCCGGCCUAUUGUGGAAAACUUCCUAAACUUGUAUCCAAACACCGGUCUCUCAAACACUAGUCGUGCGAACGGUUUGAAUGAAAUUCAGGCAAAUAUUGAUUGGAUUAAACAAAGUGGUGACACAAUUGGCCAAUGGUUCGCUACGAACAUCAAUUAAUCAUGAUCUAUUAGUAAAUUGUAAUUAUUUUUGAC